AUGGUUGAACAAGUGAAAGUUGGUAAUAAGAGUUCUAACACUUUCAAUAAAGGUGGGUGGAACAAUAUCAAGAAGGGGCUUGAGGAAAAAGCUAAUCGGUCAUUUACGAUGGUUCAAUUAAGGAAUAAGAUGAAUAAAAUGCGAUUCGAUUACAGCGCUUUCAAGAGACUACUGGAUACUACAGGUUUUGGUUGGAAUUCCGUGACGAGGACCUGUACAGUUGAAGAUGAGAGUGUUUGGGAUGUACACAUCAAGGCAAAUCGUGAUUGGUCAAAGUUUAGGAGGAAUGGGCUACCACAUUGGCCUGAACUAUGUAUAAUUUUUGGGGAUUCAUAUGCUAGUGGGAUAGGAGGAUUCGGGAAUGAAUCUGAUUUCAGGUUUGAAGAGGAAUCGAGAGGUGUUGAUGAUGAGGUGGAUGCAGAUGUAGAUGUAAUUCCAACUACUCCAUUGGCUAAUACGUUGCCAACAAGUUAUUAUGAAAGCCAAGAUCCAGGAACUGAUCGUCCUAGAGUCAACAGAAGACUUGAUAGGACACCUACAGGAUAUAGGAAGAAGAGUAGGACAACUGGUAUUGAACGCGCCAUACAGACCCUAGCCGAGUCAGUAGCAAACAAGAAUACUUCAACCCCUAGCUCAACUCCAAUGGGUCUCACUCCAAAUACCACAGAUUUCAGCACUUCUACUUGUGUUAGAUUAUUGGAAACUAUGAAUGAUAUCCCAAGAGAGUUGCAUAUUAAGACAAUAACAGGUGUAGGUCCUACUAAUAGAGCAGUUGAGGAGAGAUUCCAACAUUCAGGACAGACUGUCAGCUAUUACUUUGGCAAAGUAUUGCAAGGGGUGCUUAAGCUUUCUAAGGAGUAUAUCAAAGCCCCAUCGUUUGAUGAGAUUCAUAUGGAAAUAAUUGCAAACAACAAAUGGUGGCCAUAUUUUAAGGAUUGCAUUGGUGCCAUAGAUGGUACACAUGUUACUGCUAUAGUUCCCAAGGGAAAACAGAUCCCAUAUCGAGGACGGAAGGGGAUAACAACCCAAAAUGUGAUGUGUGCCUGCUCGUUUGACAUGAAAUUCACUUUCGUAUAUGCGGGUUGGGAAGGCAGUGCAAAUGAUUGUCGUGGAAGUAUUACGUUGUAG